AUGUUCUCCAAGUUGACUUUCGUGGCAAUUGCCCUGCUCGGCCUGUCCGCCGUUGAAGGACACAUGAUCAUGUCCCAGCCUGUUCCCUACGGCAAGGAUACUCUCAACAACUCGCCUCUGGCGGCUGAUGGCAGUGACUUCCCCUGCAAGCUCCGUUCCAACACCUAUCAAGUCACCGAGUGGAACAAGGCAGCUAUCGGCGAAAGCAUGCCCCUGACCUUCCAGGGCAGCGCUGUCCACGGUGGAGGUUCCUGUCAGAUUAGUCUGACCACGGAUCUCGAGCCUACCAAAGACUCAACAUGGAUGGUCAUUAAGUCCUUUGAGGGUGGCUGUCCUGCAAAUGUUGAUGGAAACCUCCCCGCCAAUCCCAAUGGAGUGGAUCCGUAUUCCUUCAACUACACCAUUCCCGACGGGAUCACUCCUGGCAAAUACACUCUGGCCUGGACCUGGUUCAACCGCAUCGGUAACCGUGAGAUGUACAUGAACUGCGCCCCUCUUGAGGUCAUUGACGGCUCCAGCUCCAAACGUUCCCGCGUGAUGCCGAAAUUGGAGGAGCGCUCAUCCAGCUUCCCUCCCAUGUUCGUCGCCAACGUCAACGGCUGCACUACCAAGGAGGGUGUCGAUAUCCGCUUCCCCCAGCCCGGUGCCGAUGUGCAGUACCUUGGUGAGGCCAGCAACCUGGCACCCGAAGGCAGCGCUGCCUGCACCGGUACUGCUACCUUUGGUGGUGCCGGUGAUACGAGCUCUGGUACUAGCUCUGGUACAAGCUCCAGCUCUGGCUCCGGCUCAAGUGCAGCAUCGAGCGCAGCUGCUGCCGUCUCUGUCGUCGCCAACGCCAAUGCGAACACUGGAUCUUAUAGUGCCUCAACUACCGCGGCCGCUGCAAACACGGCUUACGCAGCGCCUCCAGCAGCAAGCUCUGCUUCGUCUGGAUCUUCGUCUGGAACUUCCUCCGGAGCUUCCUCUGGAGCUUCCCCUCAAGUUUCCUCUGGAGCUCCUUCUGGAACGUCCUCCGGCACGUCCUCUGAAUCGUCUUCUUCUGCAUCUGGCAGCACUAGCACAUCGACCUCUGGUGCCCUGUCUGGCUCUUGUAGCCAGGAGGGCGAAUGGAACUGCAUCGGCGGCUCUUCCUUUCAGCGUUGCGCCAACGGCAAAUGGACCUCUUCCCAGGCGAUGGCGAGCGGCACCCAGUGCACGCCGGGCCAGAGCGCCGACCUCUCCAUCGCUACUGCCAAUUCCAAGCGCGAUGUGACUGAGAUGCGCGCCAGACGCCGUGCUCACGGAGGUCAAAAACACGUUUGA